UUCAGGAGAAGCUGUGCCGAAGGUUUUAUGGGAGCUUUGUUCAGGAUCUAUGUCUCCUUCUCAACAUCUUAAGUCCCAGCAAGCAUUAGUCAAGCAAUUUGCUGAGAUUUUAGAUUUUGUACUGAAAUUUGAUGAUCUAAAGAUGACAAACCCAGCAAUACAGAAUGAUUUUAGCUACUACAGAAGAACAGUUAGCAGGCUGCGACUAGCAAAUCAAGAUUCUGUUGAUGAAGAAUGUGAAGUUCCCAAUGAAUUAGCCAAUAAAAUGUCUUUGUUCUAUGCUCAUGCCACACCUAUGUUGAAAAUGCUUAGUGAUGCAACGACUCAGUUUGUGGCUGACAAUAAAGAUCUUCCCAUUGAAAACACAACAGAGACUUUAGGUACAAUGGCAAAAGUCUGUCAACGAAUGGUUGAAAACCCGGGAUUCUGUUCAAGAUUUAAAAAUGAGGAGACCAUCUUAUUUGUGCUGAGAGUGAUGGUUGGUGUCAUCAUUCUUUAUGAUCAUGUUCACCCAGUAGGAGCAUUCACAAAGACCUCACACAUUGAUGUUAAGGGAUCUAUUAAAGUUCUUAAGGAACAACCACCUAAUGUUGUGGAAGGUUUACUAAAUGUUCUUAGGUAUACAACAAGGCACCUGAAUGAUGAAUCAACACCAAAACAUAUUAAAGGUCUUCUAGCAUAAUAUAAUGAUUUUUUUUUUCUGUAAUAUAUAAAUGAGAUGAUGCAAUGCUUGUAAGUAUCUAACCUUCUUCGAAGUUUGUUUUACAAACAUACUAAAGAAGAAUCCAUUGAAAGAUGUGUUCUAUCCAGUGGUUCUGGUUUUACUUUGAGUGAUAUUAUUGGUUUUUUUUAUUUUACCUCGUACUCACAUGUAAAUAGAAGAUGUGAGGCUGCUUCUUUAUUUGUAUCAUAAGAAAAAUACGUUUUUCAUAAAGACUGCAUUUGUAUUGUUUUACUUCUUGAACAAAUACCGUGGAAUCUACAUUUAUAUAUAUUUGUCCAUUCCUUGUCAGUAUUACAGAUUAUAAUUAUAUUGAUGUUUUCAAAGAUUAUCUUAUACAAGUAUUGGUCAUUUGAAAUUUCUAAAAUAUUGAUGUAACUCAUUAUUUGAUGUAUAAUAAUUGAUCAUUGCACAUUGUGAAACUUUAUUCACUUUAAAAACGGUGUUUUUGGAAUGUGUAUGUAUUGAUCUAGAUAUAUAUUUUGGUAACCAGCCAGAUGGUUUCUCUGAGCACUGGUAAAUUAGCUAGCAAAUGUUGAUGUAAUCUUAAAUGUAUUGCUGUCUGAAGCGUGUUAAGUCAAGAUCUGAUUUCUGGACUUUACAUGUGGCUAGAUCAGGAGUGCUUGUUUCUGCUAUGUAUGAAGACUCUGAAGUCAGUAUAUUGUAUUCUACUUAUCCUUACUGACAGAGUUAAUCAGUAUAAUAUAACUGAAACCAAGUACAUGAAUUUUGAGGUUUAAAUUUCUGUUGUUUGGAAAAACUUAAAAAACCGUUGCAAAUAUUAUUUAGAAUUUUAUCUUAGAUUCAACAAGUAAUGUUUCAAGGUGUUCUUUUUCUAGUCCCUUCAAGAUAUAAAGAGGAGCUACAUUUAUUGACAAGGCUCGUUAUUGUCAUUGUCACAAAUAUUAAAAUUGUAUGUGUUUUUUUCCUGUAUCUGUAACUUGGAUUAUUAAGCUUAGAUUGGGAAUGAUCACAACCCUGAUUUGUAGGAACAUUGUUCCACAAUAUUUCAAGUUAAAAAAUGUACAAUUUCAGGUAAACAAAAAUAACGAGUUUUAUUGUUGCCGGAAAAAAUUGUGGCAGCAGUUGCUAGUUUUGACAGCAUGGCUUACAAAGUGUUUACAGCAAUUACUGUUUUAUUUUAUUUUUUAAAUAAUUGGGAUUUUUAAAUACAUGACUAACAAGGUUUUCACAGUAAUUACAGCCCCCUAGUGGCUCAGUGGUAAGCCUGCAAACUUAUAACUCUAAAAACUGGAUUUCGAUACCCAUGGUGGACACAGCACAGAUAGCCCAGUAUAGGUUUGUGCUUAACUACAAAUAAACAAAUAAAACAAUUACUGUAUUUGUAACGUUUUUAAAAUCAGGAAAAUGACUAAAAAGGGAAGAUUGGUAUACUAUUAGAAACAAAAUAAAUAAUUUAGUUUCAUUGAUUAUCAUAAUUUUAUUACUAUUUUAUGAAACUUGCAUAAUAUACAUUAGAGUUAGUGUAAUGAUUAAAAAAUAAAUUAAAAUUUUAGUAUUAUGACAAUAUCAGUUGCAAAUUCAUAAACACAAAAUUUAAAAAAUUGCAAUACAUUUUUUUGUGCAACAUUUCGAAAGCCCAAUAAGUUGCUUGAAAUUGGAGUUACACUUUUGUGUGAUUCCACAGCUUGCUGUAGAGCCUAUAUCUUUUUUUUUCCAGGCAGUUUGAAUUUACCACAAAAAUUAAUUGUAUUUUCUGAAAUGAAAAUAAUUGCUUUAAUCUUGUAUUUUGUGUUAACAUAUUCAAGUUUCAAGAAUACCAGGCAUUAAUGAAAAUAUCAAAACUUGUUUAACUGCAAACUUUUGAUUUCCUGGCUGAAGAAAAGCAUUUAGCAGGUUAAAUACUCGAUCUUCAUGAACACCUUCAUUACAGCUUGUGUCUGUAAAAUACUGAGUAUGUCUCUCGUGAUAUAACAUUUCUUCUUUGAGGAAAUCAAUUAUCAGUUUUACAAAAUAAUAUUAUGACCUUGUACAGUUGAUUUAAAAUUAAAGAUCUCACACUAGCCUUAGUAAUACUUUAACAUUCACCAAAUAACAAGUUUUAUGUCCUUUAAAAAACUGGUAAAUUUUGUAAAAUUCUGAUGCAUAAUGUCAUAUAUAUAUUGGUGUUAUUUUAUGAACCAUCAUGUGAACUGAAAAUUUGAUAAAAACCAAAUAUGCCUUCCUCAUCAUCAUGUGCUGUUGACUUUUUUAUUUUAUUGGAGUUUUUUAAUAUGAAGAUAUUUUAGUUUUAUAUAAACAAAGUGUUUAAACAUGUAUGAUGUGCUAAUUUUGUGUGAACUAUCAUUUGUUAGGAAUUUUAUGUAAACAUUUCCAUUUUUUAUGCAACUCAAUGGUAGAGUUGACACUGUGCAUACAAAUUAGUUAUUUGUUAUUUAUUGAUCAAUAUUUUAAGAACACUUUUUAUAAGCUUGUAAAGUUUGACAAAGACAUUAUAGAAUUGAAAUUCAUUAGAACUUGGACAUUUAUUUAAAACUGUUAUAUUUAGUUACCAAUAAUGUCAAUAAAAAAUUUGGCAUUUACAUAUAGGUUUAUGUAUUGAAUCUGUGUUGUUGUGUUUUUUUGAAUAAUUAAAGUAAGUUGAUGUUCAUUUCUAGAAAUGAUACAGAAAAGAAAUAGUAAGUGUACAAUUAUUUUUGCUUCUCAAAUUAUUUGACGUAGGUAAACUGUUAUUAAGAAUUUAUUUUCGAAAAGUAAUGUCAUCAAAACUAAUAUCAUCAAUUAACAUUAGCUUUUCAUUUAUAGCAAAGUUUAGAUUGUAUAAUAAAAUUAGUACAGAAGAAACUAGGGUUUGUGGAACAUUAUGUUUGAUUUGUAGUGAAUCAAAAUUCACAAUAUAGGAAAAGUUAUCUCUCAUAAAACUUAAAAAAAAAGUAAACUUGCACAUAUAGAGAAACAAGCUAGAUGAGCAGGAAAGUACCAGAGUCAACUGACACAGAUACUGAAUCAUCUUCUUUUUUUUAACUGAAGAUUUUAACUGAAUUAUGUGUUCAACACCUGAAUAGUAUGCCAGUAGUUUUCAAACUGUCUUUCAUAGAACCACAGGGUUGUAUGAAGGGUCAUCAGGGGUUCCCCAAAAUUUUCCAUUUAUUGUAUGUUAACCUGUUGGGGACCAAAUUUCUUUUUAAAAAUCAAGAAUCAGUUGAUAUUCAGUCUUUUCCAUACAGUUACAUACCAAGCAAACAAAAUAAAUAUAGAAGAAAUAUUUUAAGAAAUAUAGUUACAACUUUUCCAUUUGUGCUUAUCUCAUUGUGAGAAAUUUUACAUUAACAAUACUGUCACAAACUUGGCCAAUUUUAUCUUGGCUAGGCUUUAAGAGUCGGUUAAGGGUUAGGUUUCGUGACAGAAGGAAUGAAGUAAGAGGGUUCUGUGGCUUUGUAAAGUUUGAAAACUACUGCUCUACAAAACAAGAAGUUAGGCACUGUCAAGAAAUACAUUUGUAUUUCUUAAGUUUAAUGUCUUGCAAACAAUUAUGAACAUUUUUUGAUAUUAGUGUAUAAGAAUUAUAAAAAAUAUUAUUAUAAAUGUAUUAAAAUGAGAUGAACCUUUUUCUGUUUCAUGUAAUAAUAGUUUUUGGAUUCCUCCAGUAAAACUUACUUUUGAUCAGUGGUUCAGAAUAUAUGAGAUUUGAAACUAAAAUUUGAUGAUUCUUUCUUUGAAAACAUGCAAACCAGUUUUGUUUUCCAUACUUGUUAUGUAUUGUGUUUAAGGUGCUAAUAUUUAAUGCAUGUAUACAAGUAUUCUCACUGCUGUUGUAAAUGUUGUCAGAAUUUAUUGACGUGUGUAUUGUAUGGGCCAUAUUUAGAACUUCCAUUACAUUCAUGAUGUUGUACAAUAUUGCCAGAAUCUUUUAAUGGAUUAGUGAAUUACUUAAUAUUUUAUGGACAUAGAAAUAAUAAUAAAAAUUCCACUCAU